AAUCAGCCCAUCGAAUAAAACAAUGGGCCCAAAUGGAUUAAUCUCGAACAAGCAAACCGCCUUUCUUUAUAAAUUAACAAAAGUCUGACUUUCAAUGUCACCGAGUCGGUAAGAAAAAAGAUUCGCUUGGAUUUCUCUGAUCAAAUUUCGAUUAUUGUUGUUAUCGUAAGAUGGGUGCUAAGAGAAGUGUUAGUGAUUUGAAAGAGGCGGAUUUGAAGGGAAAGAAAGUGUUUGUAAGAGUCGAUCUGAACGUGCCUUUGGAUGAAAACUUGAGGAUCACUGAUGACACCAGGGUUCGUGCUGCUGUUCCCACUAUCAAGUACUUGAUGCAACAUGGAGCCAAAGUUAUUCUCUCCAGUCAUUUGGGAAGGCCUAAGGGUGUCACUCCCAAGUACAGUUUGAAGCCUCUUGUACCAAGGCUGUCUGAACUUCUAGGAGUUGAGGUUAAAAUGGCAGAUGAUUGUAUUGGUGAAGAAGUUCAAAUAUUGGUGGCUGCAAUCCCAGAUGGAGGUGUCCUACUCCUAGAAAAUGUCAGGUUCCACAAAGAAGAAGAGAAGAAUGACCCAGAAUUCGCUAAGAAGCUAGCUUCACUUGCAGAUCUUUAUGUGAAUGACGCAUUUGGCAGUGCUCAUAGAGCUCAUGCUUCUACUGAGGGAGUGGCUAAAUACUUGAAGCCAUCUGUUGCUGGUUUCCUUAUGCAGAAGGAACUUGACUAUCUCGUCGGAGCUGUGUCAAAUCCCAAGAAACCAUUUGCUGCAAUUGUUGGUGGCUCAAAGGUGUCAUCAAAGAUUGGGGUUAUCGAGUCUCUCUUGGAGAAGGUUGACAUUCUAUUACUUGGUGGAGGUAUGAUCUUUACUUUCUACAAGGCCCAAGGACACUCAGUUGGUUCAUCACUUGUGGAGGAAGACAAGCUUGAACUUGCAACGUCACUUAUGGAGAAGGCUAAGGCUAAAGGAGUGUCUCUUUUGCUCCCUACUGAUGUUGUCGUUGCCGACAAGUUUGCUGCUGAUGCUAAUAGCAAGGUGGUGCCAGCAACUGGAAUUCCCGAUGGUUGGAUGGGAUUGGAUAUCGGACCUGAUGCCAUCAAGACAUUCAGUGAAGCUUUGGACACUACCAAAACCGUCAUUUGGAAUGGACCAAUGGGUGUGUUUGAGUUUGACAAGUUUGCAGUGGGAACCGAGGCAAUCGCCAAGAAACUUGCCGAGCUCAGUGGAAAGGGGGUGACCACAAUCAUUGGAGGAGGUGACUCAGUUGCAGCUGUGGAGAAGGUUGGGCUUGCUGACAGGAUGAGCCACAUUUCAACCGGAGGUGGUGCCAGCUUGGAGCUUCUCGAAGGAAAGACACUGCCAGGAGUCCUUGCUCUUGAUGAUGCUUAAGCCUUGGAUGAAUCCUGCAACCACCUCUUUUCCCUGUUUUUGUUCAUUCUGCCUGCUGGAAUAUGGUUGGUUUUCAGCCAGAGUUUUGUUAUAUUUUAUCUAAUUUUGUAGUGGCUGUAACUUCAGAUUAAAUAAAUGUUCAUCAUCUCAUAUAAGCAUCAUUAGUGAUGCACUGCUUUGGAUUGAAUCCAUUUUGGAAUGUUUUCAAUGGUCCAUCUAUAUGAGUAUGCUUUCCUUCCUGCUCA